CGGGUUCUGCUGUGGACUGGGCUCUGCUGCUGUACUGAGCUUCAUUAGAGCUGCAGAGGCUGUCACUAAGUAACUCUUUAUAUACCAUUUUCUUCUUGAAAGGGGAAAAGGGAACUCACCGGCAGAAUGUAUGGAUUUGUCAACCAUGCCUUGGAGUUACUGGUUAUAAGGAACUAUGGAGAAGAAGUAUGGGAGGAUAUCAAGAGAGAAGCACAGCUGGAUGAAGAGGGACAGUUCUUGGUGAGAAUAAUUUACGAUGAUUCCAAAACCUAUGACCUUGUAUCAGCUGCAAGCAAAGUGCUCAAUCUCAAUGCCGGUGAUAUUCUCCAAAUGUUUGGAAAUAUGUUUUUUGUUUUUUGCCAAGAAUCUGGAUAUGACACAAUUCUUCGGGUCCUUGGAUCCAAUGUCAGGGAGUUCUUGCAGAACCUGGAUGCUCUGCACGAUCACUUAGGUACUAUCUAUCCAGGUAUGCGUGCUCCAUCAUUUAGAUGUACUGAUGCAGAGAAGGGUAAAGGCCUUAUUUUACACUAUUAUUCAGAGAGAGAAGGACUUCAAGAUAUUGUUAUUGGGAUCAUCAAAACAGUGGCACAGCAGAUCCAUGGAACAGAAAUAGAUAUGAAGGUCAUUCAACAAAGAAAUGAGGAGUGUGACCACACACAAUUCUUGAUAGAAGAAAAGGACUCUAAAGAGGAAGACUUUUACGAAGACCUGGACAGAUUUGAGGAGAAUGGAACUCAAGAAUCUCGUAUAAGCCCUUACACAUUUUGCAAAGCGUUCCCUUUUCAUAUAAUGUUUGAUAGAGAUCUUGUUGUUACACAAUGUGGAAAUGCUAUCUACAGAGUUCUUCCUCAGCUCCAGCCUGGAAACUGUAACCUUCUGUCAGUAUUCUCCUUGGUUCGUCCCCAUAUUGACAUCAGCUUCCAUGGAAUCCUGUCUCAUAUCAACACUGUAUUUGUCCUGAGAAGUAAGGAAGGUUUGCUUGAUGUGGAAAAAUUAGAGACCGAAGAUGAACUGACUUUAACUGAAAUAAGUUGUCUACGUCUAAAAGGACAGAUGAUCUACUUGCCAGAAGCCGACAACAUUCUUUUUCUCUGCUCACCAAGUGUGAUGAACUUGGAUGAUCUGACAAGAAGAGGACUGUAUCUCAGUGACAUCCCCCUCCAUGAUGCUACUCGUGACCUGGUACUUCUUGGAGAACAGUUCAGAGAAGAAUAUAAGUUGACUCAAGAACUGGAAAUACUUACUGACCGUCUGCAGCACACCCUUCGGGCCCUGGAAGAUGAGAAAAAAAAGACUGAUACCCUUCUAUACUCGGUGCUUCCACCUUCUGUUGCUAAUGAACUCAGACAUAAGCGCCCAGUUCCAGCCAUGCGUUAUGACAAUGUCACAAUUCUGUUUAGUGGCAUUGUAGGAUUUAAUGCAUUCUGCAGCAAGCAUGCUUCUGGCGAAGGAGCCAUGAAGAUUGUAAAUCUUCUGAAUGACGUUUACACAAGAUUUGAUAUUUUAACUGACUCUCGCAAGAAUCCUUUUGUCUACAAGGUUGAAACUGUUGGUGACAAGUACAUGACAGUCAGUGGCCUUCCAGAACCAUGUGUCCACCAUGCAAGGUCUAUAUGUCACUUGGCUUUAGACAUGAUGGAGAUUGCCGGACAGGUUCAAGUAGAUGGGGAAUCUGUGCAGAUCACAAUUGGCAUACAUACAGGAGAAGUGGUGACAGGUGUUAUUGGUCAGAGAAUGCCACGCUACUGCCUGUUCGGAAAUACUGUCAAUCUGACUAGCAGAACAGAGACAACUGGAGAGAAGGGGAAAAUAAAUGUAUCUGAAUAUACGUACAGAUGUCUUAUGAGUCCAGAAAAUGCCGACCCGCAGUUUAAUUUACAGCAUAGAGGACCUGUGAGCAUGAAGGGGAAGACCGAACCAAUGCAAGUGUGGUUUUUGUCCAGAAAGACUGCAGAAACAGAGGAGUAAGAAAGGCAUUAACACUGAAAAACCAAAUACAGGGAAAGUCAAGAUGUGCCAUCAUGUGUUUUUCAAUAAGCUGAUUUAAGUUGUAGUAACUUUGUUGCUUGCCCUUUCAUUUGUUGCAUACAAGUAUGUAAACUGUAGUUGUAAAUGUUUACUGUGAAUAUUACUUUAGUGUAUUUUGCCCUGGCGGCAAGCCUAUAACCUGUAAUCUAUAUGCCAAAUUUGUAAAAACAAAAAUAUUUUCACUAUUUUAAAUAGUUAAUAGUCUAUAUUAGCUUUUGUUUAGCGCCACUCUUAUAUGACGGCAUAUGCUUACGAUUCACAUGUGAUAUAUGUACUGUGGAUCAAGAAAUGUUAUAGUUUUGAGGCUAGUUAGAAACAACUGCACAGUAUACUAAUAAACCUGUUGUAUCGGUACGCAGCUACAUUAAAAAAAAAAUUGUCUACAAAACCUUAAAGGGGUACUCCGGUGGAAAUUAUUAUUUUUUUUUUUUUUUAAAUCAACUGGUGCCAGAAAGUUAAACCGAUUUUAAAUUACUUCUAUUAAAAAAUCUUAAUCCUUCCAGUACUUAUUAGCUGCUGAAUACCACAGAGGAAAUUAUUUUAUUUUUGGAACACAGAGCUCUCUGCUGAAUCACGAGCACAGUGCUCUCUGCUGACAUCUCUGUCCAUUUUAGGAACUGACCAGAGCAGCAUAUGUUUGCUAUGGGGAUUUUCUCCUACUCUGGACCGUUCUUAAAAUGUACAAAGGUAUCAGCAGAGAGCUCUGUGUUCCAAAAAGAAAAGAAUUGCCAUUGUAGUAUUCAGCAGCUAAUAAGUACUGGAAGGAUUAAAGGGUAGCUCCCACCAUCCAUUUUUUUUCUUUCUGUCCCUGCCUAUUGCCCAUCUAUCCCUAACCCCCUCCCUGCCUUUACAUUUUUUUAACUAUAUUAAAAUGGCUUUUUGUCUGCCUGGUAGUGUGCUCACAACCAGGCAGACUUCCCCAGCAGGCGUGACGUCACUGAUGCCUGCUGGGGCCGACACUUCUACCCUUAGUUCAUUAUACAGGGUGCCUCCAGCUGUUUCACCACUACAACUCCCAGCUUGCCCUGACAUCUACUGGCUGUCAGGGCAUUCUGGGAGCUGUAGUGGUGAAACAGCUGGAGGCACCCUGUGGUGAAAACAAUAACUUUGUUAGCGCAGCAGUGCUACUUCGCUCCCCAAACCCCCCCCCCCCAGCCUAUAGUGCUGAGCAGCGGCGGCGCUCUCCCGAACCCCGCUCCCCCCCACCAUGCCUAUAGUGCAGAGAGUAGAUUUACCCAUCCGGAGGAUCAGCGCAGCAAUGAGUGCGUGCGCUGCCUCCGGACAGGGUAACGGGGGUGGGCAGGCGGGGCCGCGCUCGAGGCCAGUGGAGCUGGCCAAUGCGCGCAGCCUCAGCUAUCAGUGUGCUCGCUCUCGCCUGUUUGAUUGACAGGUGGGAGCGAGCACUGCAGUGCCUGAAUUUCGUCUCAUUGCCAGGCUUAAAUGAGUCGAAAUUCAGUAGUGACGUCACUGCCGAAUGCAUUCGGCCACUAGGAGGGCGACCCCUAGUGGCCGAAUUUAAAAGUGAUUUUAAACUGGUUUAAAAUCACUUUUUUUUUUCAAUUAAAGUAUAUUAGAGAUAUGUUGCAGUACUUAAGUACUACAACAUAUCAAUUUUUUUACUUCAUGACAGUGCCCAUUUAAGAUUUUUUAAUAGAAGUCAUUUACAAAUCUGUUUAACUUUCUGGCACCAGUUGAUUUAAAAAAAAAUAAAAAAGGUUUUCCACUGGAGUACACCUUUAAUUUCCAAACAAAAUCAAGCCAAAAAUGGAAGAUACAAUAAUUGAAUGAAUAACACACAUAACAAGGGUACAGGAUCGCGCAUGUUUCUUCUAAUCUGCAAAGUGUUGUCAGCAUUUUUAGUAGUAUCCAUAACUGGCGCUCACCACAUGUUAUGUGAAAUUUUUAUAUGUUAACUAGUAUGGUACAUACUUUAUUAUGAGUGGAUGUGCUAUACGUCAACCAUGUAAAUGAUAGUAUUGUAUACGAUUUGUAUUUUAGGUAUUAGUAGUAAUUAACAGGGUAUCUUUGUCCAUUGACAUAAAACCCAAAAAUAAGUCUUUACUUUUGACACACAGAAGCAAAUGCUUGUAAAUACUAAUAGAGAGGUCAUAUUUUUAUCUUUGUGCCAUAUAAUAGUGUAUUUUAGGAUCUCUUUAGAUAGGUUAGUUGACAUACAGAAUGUAUUGUGCUGGCUUAUUUCAUGAUUUACUUAAAGGGAUACUCCACUGCUCAGCGUUUGGAGCCGCUGGUUCCGGUGCCAGGGGAGCUUGUGACAUCAUAGCCCUGCCUCCUCAUGAAGUCAUGCCCCGCCCCCUCAAUGCAAGUCUAUUGGGGGGGGCGUGAUGGCUGUCAUGCCCCCUCCCAUAGACUUGCAUUGAGGGGGCAGGGCAUUACUUCAUGAGGGGGGGGGGUUAUGACAUCAUGAGCUCCCGGUGCGGGCUUCAGCAUUCGGAACAGUUUGUUCCAAACACUAAGCAGCGGAAUACCCCUUUAAUGUUGCAACCUUCCUAAUAUUUAUCUGUAUCUUUACAUGUCACAUAUGUACAGUAUAAAUUGUCCAGGUACUGUAAAGACAUCCAUAAUAAAUUAUUUUUUCAUCACACUG